GACUGGCCUCUGUUUUUUUGGGGGGGGGCGGGGGUGGAGCCACUAUGCGAGGAGACUGAAAAGCUCUGGAGGAGCAGACUUUGAUCAGAAGGCAGCAGCUUUCAAACAGUAACUUUUGGACUGAGAAUCGAGUCGACCAUCAAUGGCGAGCUCCUUCAGCCGUCUGAUGUCCCGUCGCAACGCGGCCGUCCUAUUGGCCGGCCUCGGCGCAGGAACCAUCGCCACGGGCUUCUUGGGGAGCGAGAACGGCGCUCUGGCAGCCGAGGCCAAGAAGAAGCUGUACCCCCCCAGCUCCGAUUACCCCGACCUGAGGAAACACAACAACUGCAUGGCCUCUGCUCUGUCUCCGGCCAUUUAUGCCAAACUGAGGGACAAGGUCACGCCGAGCAACUGGACCCUGGAUCAGUGCAUCCAAACCGGGGUCGACAAUCCGGGCCAUCCCUUCAUCAAGACUGUUGGCUGUGUGGCCGGUGAUGAGGAGAGUUAUGAGGUGUUUGCCGAACUCUUUGACCCCGUCAUCAAAGACAGACACAACGGCUACGAUCCCAGAACCAUGAAACACCCCACCGACCUGGACGCCUCUAAGAUAACCAACGGCAUGUUCGAUGAGAAGUACGUACUGUCCUCCCGCGUCCGGACCGGUCGCAGCAUCCGCGGGCUCAGCCUUCCGCCGGCCUGCUCCAGGGCCGAGCGCCGGGAGGUGGAGCGGGUGGUGGUCACGGCCCUGGCCGGCCUGAAGGGAGACCUGGCUGGACGCUACUACAGCUUGGGGGACAUGACCGAGAAAGAGCAGCAGCAGCUCAUUGAUGAUCACUUCCUCUUCGACAAGCCGGUGUCUCCGCUGUUGACGUGUGCUUUCAUGGCCAGAGACUGGCCGGACGCCAGAGGCAUCUGGCACAACAACGAGAAGACGUUCUUGAUCUGGGUGAACGAGGAAGACCACACCAGGGUCAUCUCCAUGGAGAAGGGGGGCAACAUGAAGAGGGUCUUUGAGAGGUUCUGCAGUGGACUCAAGCAGGUGGAGCAGCUGAUCCAGGAAAGAGGCUGGGAGUUCAUGUGGAACGAGCGUCUGGGGUACAUCCUCACCUGCCCCUCCAACCUGGGCACGGGCCUCAGGGCGGGCGUGCACGUGCGCCUGCCCCACCUCAGCCAGGAUCCUCGCUUCUCCAAAAUCCUGGACAACCUGCGGCUGCAGAAACGAGGCACGGGCGGCGUGGACACCGCCGCCGUCGGAGACACCUUUGACAUCUCCAACAACGACCGCCUGGGCAAAUCUGAGGUGGAGCUGGUCCAGCUGCUGAUCGACGGAGUCAACUUCCUGAUCGAGAGCGAGAAGAAGCUGGAGAAGGGCCAAGACAUCACCGUUCCAGAUCCCAUUUCUCAGUUCAAGAAGUGAGGUCAGAGGUCACGCUUCAGGGUUAACCGCUCCGUGGGGCCCGUCUGUGGGCGGAGUUUAGCUCCACCUGCAGGUGCAGGUAACCCUGUCCUUCAUGAAUAAACAUUUACAAACA